GUGUUCCGUGAGGCACCAAUGCGUGAAACAACCGUAGACACAGAAAAAAAGAAGCGUAACACCUGAUGGGUAAAAACAAAGCUAGACUAUUUCAAGGGCGAUACGUUAUGUAUGUAAAUAUUGGUAAUUCAAAGUGAAACUUUGUCAUUAUUAUAAGUGGAAAAAGUAGUUUAUUAUUUUUUUUUACCGGGACUGUUUGGAGUUGACAGUCUAUGUAUGACGAGCCGAUUAUAGAUUACUUGUUUCCCCGUUCGAAAAACGUUUUCGUUUUUUUGGGAUACAUUACAGUGGAAGAACUCUCAUCACAUGCAAACAAGCGAUGGAAACAAAGACGUUUCAGGGCCGACGCUGCAAAAAAAGAGCUGCUUCUCUCUGCUUCCCUCACCUGACAGCUGGAUGUUCAGAGGGAAGAAGAGGAAACAGAUGAGGGAUGUGGACUCUCUCAGCCUGUGCAGUCUGGACAUCAACGAGCCCAGUAACAAGCGGGUGAAGCCCCUGUCCCGCGUCACCUCGCUGGCCAACCUCAUACCUCCAGUCAAGACUGCUCCUCUGAAGCGCAUAGGACAAACACUGCAGCGUUCCAUCAGCUUCCGCAGUGAGAGUCGGACGGAGACGCUCAUGCCUCCUCGACCAUGGACGCGGCCGGCCCCGCCUGCCAACACCAAGCGACGAGACAGCAAGCUGUGGAGCGAGACCUUUGACGUGCGGCUCGGACACCAGAUGCUGUCCUCUAAGGAAAUCAAACGCCAGGAGGCCAUCUUUGAGCUUUCUCAGGGCGAGCGGGAUCUCAUUGAGGAUCUGAAGCUGGCCAAGAAGGCGUACCAUGACCCCAUGCUGAAGCUGUCCAUUAUGACAGAGCAUGAACUCACCCAGAUCUUCGGAACCCUGGACUCCCUCAUUCCGUUGCAUGAAGAUCUGCUGAGUCGAUUGCGAGAGGCCAGGAAACCAGACGGCUCUACAGAAACUGUGGGACACAUUCUAGUGGACUGGUUACCAUGUCUGGACUCCUACAACUCAUACUGCAGUAACCAGGUGGCAGCCAAAGCUCUGCUGGACCAUAAGAAGCAGGAUCACCGGGUGCAUGACUUCCUGCAGCGCUGCCUGGAGUCGCCCUUUAGCAGGAAGCUGGACCUGUGGAACUUCCUGGAUAUACCCAGGAGCCGUCUGGUCAAAUACCCUCUGCUGCUCAGGGAGAUCCUCAAACACACACCUAACGACCAUCCGGACCGUCAACACCUGGAUGAGGCAAUCAACAUGAUCCAGAGCAUCGUGGCUGAGAUCAACACCCAGACGGGUGAGUCUGAGUGUCGCUUCUACAAGGAGCGUCUCCUCUAUCUGGAAGACAGCCAGAGAGACCUGCUCAUUGACAGCUCCCGCAUCCUCAGCUGUCACGGGGAACUGAAGAACAACAGGGGCGCUAAGCUGCAUGUGUUCCUGUUCCAGGACGUGCUGGUCAUAACCAGGGCCAUCACCCACAGCGAGCAGCUGCACUACCAGCUGUACCGCCAGCCCAUCCCAGUCAGAGAGCUGCAGUGGGAGGACCUGCAGGACGGGGAGAUCCGUCUGGGGGGCUCCAUCAGAGGGGCCUUCAGCAACAACGAGAGAACCAAAAACUUCUUCAGAGUGUCGUUUCAUAGUGGCGGCCAGCUCCAGUCCCACUCGUUCCAAGCCAGCGAUGCCUUCAACAAACAGCAGUGGCUCAACUGCAUCCGCCAGGCCAAAGGAGCCGCUGAGUUGGCCGUGGGGGUGGGGAUUCAUGUAGGGGUGGGAACCAGUAGCAGUGACCCAGACCCCCGUCCAAGCCUACUCAGCCCCCAGAGACCUCUGAGUCCUACAACACCUACCCUGUCAGGAGCACUGGCCCCCCAGCCAGAGAGCAUGGACCACAGUGACAGUGACUCGUCUGUAGACUCUCCAGAUUGUAGCAUGGACACGGCCGAGGCUUCUGACUCCACCACAGGCUGGCCUGGCUCUGCCCAGAUGGACCAAACAGACUCUAGUAGCAGCAGCAGGCCAGCAGAAGUGUGACCACUGGGGUGUCAAGGCUACACCUGGGCAGUAUUGGUGGUAACAUGGCGAUGUUCUUUAUAUGCGGGAGGGAGGCAACACAGUGGGUGGAUAUUGUAGAGCACUUCUUUUCUCUACCCCUUUUUUUCAUUUGUUGUUUUUCUCUUAACUUUCUUUCUAUGAGACAGUGGUGUAGUCUAUAGCAGUGGUAUCCAUGUGUCUUAGCUGUGACUGGCAGGUCUACUAUGGAUGUCUACAUGGAGAGGAAGGCAGCCAUGACUGGGACCUCAGGACAGUAUUGUUGUUGUUGCUCCUGCUCUGACUCUUGACCUCUGCUGUGGGCGGAGUCCUCCUACCCUACAGACAGGCUCCUCUCAUCACCUUCUCACCACAACUAGAAACACUGCCCCCACCUCUUAUCCCACUGCACUACUACUGUGGUCUCCCAGAGCAAAGAGAAUACAUGGAUGAUAUUCUUUUUAUAUAUAUACAAUAUAUUGUAUGUAGGAAUCUAGAGAACCUGUUGCGUUUGCAAUAAUUGACCCAGUCAAAAUGACCAGAAGAAUGUUUUCAAAGACAAUCAAUAUGAUGAUAUGUUGUUGUUGUUGUUGUUGUUGUUGUUGUUAGGACUUGACAUGGAGUUAGAGUUUAUUUAGUUAAGGAUGGGUUACAACAGUGUUAAUGGGGCAUAGUUGUUUGCUACAGAUUCUUCCCACAUCUUGGCCAGAACUAUGAUGUUCCAGAACUAUGGCGUUCCAGAACUAUGGCGUUCCAGAACUAUGGCGUUCCAGAACUAUGGUGUUCCAGAUCUAGGGCGUUCCAGAUCUAGGGCGUUCCAGAACUAUGAUGUUCCAGAACUAUGAUGUUCCAGAACUAUGGCGUUCCAGAACUAUGGCGUUCCAGAUCUAGGGCGUUCCAGAACUAUGGUGUUCCAGAACUAUGACGUUCCAGAUCUAGGGCGUUCCAGAACUAUGGUGUUCCAGAACUAUGGCGUUCCAGAACUAUGGUGUUCCAGAUCUAGGGCGUUCCAGAUCUAGGGCGUUCCAGAUCUAUGGUGUUCCAGAUCUAUGGCGUUCCAGAUCUAUGGCGUUCGAGGUCAGCAAUUGGCAUCUAGAACUGGCCUCUUGGUAAUGUAACCUAGUAUAAACACAUCACUCAGAGGGGAGAGCUGUUAUUAUUGGUGGCUCAAGCAGGUUUGAUUAAUUGGGUGUUUCUUUUUUAUAUCCUGUCUAAAGUUAAAUUCUGCAUUGGUGGGAAAGGGCUCAUAAGUGAGCAUUCACUGUAGUCUACACCUGUUGUAUUCUGUGCAUGUGACCAUUUUUUUUAUUUUAAAUUAAUAUGAGUUCAAAAAAAAAAUGAUAGGACCACCUAUUUCUCCACAAGUAGGAAGUGGGAACAGAAGCAUUUUACAGCAAGUAAACAGCCCUUCCUGGAGAAAGCAAGAUUCUCCGUGGUGUUAAGAGUCAAUGUCUUACAGAGAAGCUUUGUAUUAAAAACAGUAUUAAAUUAAUGACUUUGCGUGUGUUUCAGUAGUGUCAGGUUUUUAUCACCCACAAAGUUCUUUACUCACUGGACAUUUUUGUAAAAAGCGAUGCUGAGACUUUUGUAUGGUUUAAAGAAGUAGUCGCAUGUGUCAUAGCUAAACUCAGACCAGUCCUCUGUCACUGGGUGCUCUCGGUGUUGAACUGAUAAACUAGGACUGCUAAAUCAUUGGCAAAAAUGUGUACGUGUCGGGUAAUUAUAAUCUUGUGCAAGUUUACUUGUGGGGCCUCAUGUUCUCUUUCAUUUGAAUAGAAUGUCACGUGUUAAAAAAAGAAUCAGUUUGACCAAGUAAUCACUAAAAGAAAUAUCCAAAAUACAGUAUAUUCUUUUAUUGUUUUGUUUUUUAAAGAAAUGUAUUGAAAUGUUUUCUUUAGGAUGUCUAUUUAUAGUACUUUCUUUCUAUUAAUUAAUGUUAUAUGCUUUUGUUUGGUUCAUGCUGGAGACUAGAGGUGAGAAUUAUGGUUGUACAGGGAGAUAUGGGACUGGGAAGGGCCUAAAGAACUAGACUGGAAAAUAAGGGUUUCAGAACUAGCUACUUAUGUGGCUGUAGGCUAUGUAAACCUUCAGACACAUGGACUUGAAAGGAAAAGAGACUAUAUUGAAAUAUGAUAUAUGAACUGACUGAAAAAGAUUGACAUGAACAUGUAUAACCUAAUGGAAUUUAGACUGUACCAAAUAAAAGAAAUGAACCAAA